UUGCAUUGUAGCGACACUGUUUGGCACUGUUUGACACUGUUUGAUAUAGAUUUGUUUACCAAAUAAGGAAGUUCAAGAAGUGAGACAUUUAUUUUGGGACGGACCGAAAAGGAAAGCAAGAGAUUUAUUUCGGGACGGAGGGAUUAUUAAUUAAGUGAGUUAAGUGUCUUCCCGCUCAUUUUCAGGGAUAUUUAUGUAACUGUAUAUCUUCUUCAUAAAGUUGAGAUUUCUUCUCGAUCGGUAGGCAAAACUUUUUGACCUCUUCUCCACAUAUUCUUUACUGCCAAGGUUUUCAUUUACCGUGAAAGAAUGCUCUAGCUUAUCAAAUAAACUCUUCUAUAUAUUAAUUAAUUGAGUUAAUUGUCUUCCCGCUCAUUUUCAGGGAUAUUAUGUAAAUGUAUAUCUUCUUCAUAAAGUUGAGAUUUCUUCUCGAUCGGUAGGUAGAAUUUUUGACCUCUUCUGCACAUAUUCUUUACUGCCAAGGUUUUAAUUUACCGUGAAAGAAUGCUCCAGCUGAUCAAAUUAACUCCAAUUCUUCAAAUAGAUUUGCGAUAGAUCUCAACCUCUUCUAACUUGAGGUUCCUCUUUAAGGUAUUCUUAUAGAUUAUGCACUUUUUGGUGAAAGAGUAUGAAGCUUUCCAUCUUCUCUACAUGUUCGAAUUUAGAUAUUAUUUCAUAUUAGUACAUACUUAAACAUAAAAUGUACAGAGUAAUACAUUUCUAACAAUACAUUGCGUUACGAAAUGUAACAAGUGUUGCCGCUGAGAAAUACCACAAAAAUUCACUAGAAAAAAUUAUUGAAUAUCCAAAUUCAAUUAUUAAUAUCCUUAUCCAAUAUAUUCAUGGGAAUCUUAAUUUCAAAAUUCAUUUUUAUAUGUUCAACAGUUAUGGUUUUCAUAAAUUCUUGAGAAUUACAAUCGAUGGAAAAUGAAGUAAAAAUCAAGUGUAUGUGUUGCAGAAGUUCUGGUGUCAAAGUCUACUACCGUUGCCUCAUUGAAAGGGUAAUUUCAAUGUAUAUAGUUUUUCCUUAGUUCUGAAGUUUAGGUAGCCCCGCUUUUAUUAAGUUACACUAUUGUACUAACUCUUCCAGGUGUUUACUUUGUCUUUCAUUGACAGUUAAGUACUAUAGUGUGGUCUUUAUAAGUAUUUUGGUGUGAUCUUUAUUCUAUGAUCUAACUUCUUAAUGGAAAUAACACCCAAUUCAGGAACAAGCCAACGAAGAGUCAUUUGAUUUGGGUUUCAUUGUAUUACGCCACAUGUUUUUGUUUCAAACUGUUUAUAGUUUGUAAAUUCUUGAGUGGGUUCGUUUUGUUGCUUCUCUGUAGGUCAUUUUUUGUUGGCACUCAAGCAGGGAUUUAUCCUGUUUAUACUUAAGUAGGGAUUUAUCCUGUUGACACUCAUGCUGAGAUUCAAUAUUCACAAGACAAAGCAACUUCAACCAAGGUACCACCCUUCAUGCGUCGCCAUCUCUACUGAGCAGACAAAAAAACUUGAUCAGUUUGUUUGCUCUGAAAUGUUUUCUAACCAGAAUGUGAGUAACUUCAGGAUUUAGAGUCUUCAUCUUCAACAAGAACUAAUUAAAAGGAACAAUGGCACCUACAAAGGUGUAUCUGGGAGAUGUUGUGAAGAACUUACCAAGCAAGGCUGCUUUCUUGGUGAGAGUCACUCGGAAAUGGAAUGCCCUUUUUGGAGAGAAAAAUCGAGCCAUCAAAUCCAUUGAAAUGAUUUUCAUGGAUGAAAAGGGUACGACAAUUCAAGCCACUAUUCCGAUUCGACUAAGUCAUCGAUUCGACACUAUUGAAGAAGGAUCAAUUUAUGUGGUCAAUCACCUAGAAGUUAAAGAGAAUGAUGGAAAGUAUAGGAUCUCUGCCCACCCAUACCGCUUUGAGUUGACGGUGUUCACUAAAAUGCAACCUCGAGCACAAACGCAACAUCCUAGCUUUGUAAUUAGAUUUAACUUAACAAGCUUCGCGGAGAUCCAGAAGAUGCAGAAUUGUGAAUCUCCUUUUUGAUAGAUGUGAUUGGCGCAUAUGAUGUUGAACAAGAGUUCAAAAAGCAAAAGACACAAAGGGAUGAUUGGUAUACUAAUUUUCAUUUGGCAAACGUGGAGGGCCAAACUAUCUUAUGUACUUCGUAUGGAUACCUGGUGCUUGAAGUCGAGAGGUUUUUGGCUACUUCAUUUACUGGUCCAGUGAUAUUCAUUAUCCAAGCAUGCCGCACAAAUAAAAGAUAUGGUAGAUAUGGUAUAUAACUCAGAUUCCGAUCUUGAUUUGGUGGGUGAUGAAGAGACUAAUGUCGAAUCAAAUAUGACGCCAAGCUCACAAGAUAUUGAAUCUCAUCAUACCCCUGAGUCGGUUUUGUCCAAGAGACAUGUUACCGAUGAAAAUGAAUCUGAUGAAAUGGAACAAAGCUCGACUAAGAAGAAGUUGAAGGAGAUUUAGAUUGAGAUGUGACUCCGCAUGCAUUAAUUCAUUUUCUGCUUUGAUGAACUUUGGUACUUAGGAAUAAUGCGUUGCAUGAUUUAAUUUUUAUUUUGGUUUCAAUAAGCAAGACAAUUAAUCACUUCAGUAUAAAUUUCAUACAUACUUGCUUAUGGAGUUUUUUCCAUAUUUAUUUUAUGUGUACGUCCAAAUGUCCAAUAGACAGUGUUAUUAUUCUUUUAUUCAGUUUGUUGAUGACAACACUUUUCCUUUUGUGUUAUGGGGGUGAUAAUGACAUCAAUGUCAUUUAUUCUAUAUCACUAUACUUAAAUAGCU